AUGAGUUUUGAUGUGAGGACUGAAAAAUUCAAGAUAAUCCAAACGCACAGUUGUAUGCUGUGCGAUGAAGUGGAGACUAACCCUUCACUAGUGAGCUACAAGGGAAAACUAGCUUGGGUUAUCUCAGAAUCAACGUCGUCUUACAGAUUAUGGAUUCUUGAAGAUACUGAAAAAGCAGAAUGGUCGUGCCAAGAUUUUCAUAUACCAUUUUCUCUAGAAGAUCCUGUUGUGAAAGAUAAUUACUUUUUAAGUGAUGUGACAGAAGAUGGUGAGUUUAUCUAUGUGUCGGUAUCAUGGCAAGAUAAAGAGAUUUAUGUGUCUUACUAUGAUCCAAAGAGAAAAACUCACAUGAGGAGGAGGAUCAAAAUUGAAGAUCUUGAUGAAGAUGAUGAUUUUUGGCUCCGUAAUAAAUCAUGUCGUGACGAUUGGAAGUUUCUUGGAACUCUAACGAAUCACAUAGGGAAUGUCAUGCCUCUAAACACAUUUCCUACUUCUUCACCUUCUGGCGCACGGCUUAAUAGAUACAUGCACACAGCGCUUAACCUUGGUUAG